AUGCCUACACUCAGAAAGAUUCCGUGGAGGAAGAUAUGGUCAUAUGUCCUCGACUGGCUGCUAAUGCUAAUAUUGGGCAUCCUAAUCGCCUCACUCCGCUUCCUCACUGGCAACAAAACGCAAUUCUCCCUUCUCGAACCCAGCAUAAACUUCUCAUACCACCCCAAGCAAAUCGUCCCAAUCUGGCUCGCCGUCCUGUUCGCUCCCAUCCUUCCUACAAUCACUGUCUUCAUUUUUUGUAUCUUACGUCUCGGUCACAUACCCAGAUCCUUCAAUCAAACAAUUCAAAAGACAGCAUCUUGGGAUAUGAGAUCUCGCUUGAAGGACUUACAUCACUCAUGGCUCGGUAUCGGAUAUGCGAUUCUCUUCGCGUUCGGGAUCUCGAAUGCGUUAGAGAAGUUCGCUGGGCAGCCACGACCGGAUCUUAUCGCGAGAUGUCAGGUUGACCCAGCCGUUUACUUGAAUGAAACUGUCAUGUUUUUUGGUACGGGAAUGGUAGACAGUUCGGUGUGUAGGCAGACAGAUUCGUUCAUCUUGGACGAGGGCUUUGCGAGUUUUCCAAGUGGACAUUCCUCUGGUAAGCCGUUCUCGCAUUCAUGA